UUAUUUAAUGUAUUUAGGAGUAUAGGAAGAUUGUGCCUUGUCAAAAAAAAAAAAAAAAAAAUAUGAAGAUUGUGAAGCUUAUUGCCCAAAAAAAAGAUUAUGAAGCUUUUAUGGAUAUAUGCUGAAAAAAUCAAUAUAUAAAUGUUGCAUAGACAGUUUAGUGAGGGGAAAUGAAACCACGUUGCCUCUCUAACAUUCAUGAACUUCUGCAUUGAUGCUGUAAACCAACCCCAAGAACAUAAUUCCUGAUUAACAAAAAUGCCCCUUCGAAAGAUGAAAUUAAGAAGCACAAACGAAUUUAGGGCUUUAAUCGUCGAAGUGUGAUCAUAAAUGGCGGAUCAUUACAGAGCGCUGGGAGUAACAAAUAACGCUUCGAAAGAUGAAAUUAAAGAAGCUUUCCGUAAAUUAGCGAUUCAAUUUCAUCCUGAUAAACACGUUCAAUCCUCCAAAUCUGCAAGAGAUUCCGCUACUCUUAAAUUCAAGCAGGUUUCUGAAGCUUACGAAGUUCUUACCGAUGAUCGUAAGCGCGCUGCUUACAAUUUAAGCCGCUACAACAACAAAUACAAUGGCGGAAAUUUCUACAGUAACACUGGUUAUGCUUACAAUAACAACUAUAAUGCCAAUUAUUAUCAUCGCGGUGGCUCUUAUCGUCGACCUCCGCGUUCUUCUUCCGACGCCAAUCGAUUUGUGUCCAACUUAGACGCCAUCUUCCGAUUUAUGUCGACUCGUACUUUCCUUCUCAACAUUGCCUUUGCCGGUCCAUGGCUCAAUCAAGCUCUAUGACUCUAUUUCGAAGGACUAAUGCAGCAAGAUCAGGAACUUUCUUAAGCUUUGGUUAUAGUUAAUCUAGCUUGAGGUGUAUGCAAAAUUAAGAAAAGAUAGUUCAAAGAUCAGAUAUUCAGAUGAAGAUAGCAGCACGAAUAUUAGCAGUAAGAAAAGAUAGUGAUACACAAGGAACAAUGAAAAGCUACCAUUUCAAAUUCACUAGUAGCAUAACUCGGCAAAUUGUUAAGACAAAAUGAAAAACAAAAUUGCACCAAAAUUAAACCAUGUACAGCUAAUUAAUGAAUAAAAGAAUAAUAUUCAACAAGCAUAAUUUCGCAAAAUCUUCUUCUGAGAGGACAUGGGCAAACCAAUCAGACCACAGUAGUAGCCGCUCAGAAUUAUAGCAAGGAAGUUACCAAAGAGCUGCUGAUCAUAUCAGUGUCCGUCUCAGAUCUACUCAGGUCUGGAAUUUUGAUCUGAAAAAGGUGGAACCUAAUUGAUUGCGAAUGAAAAGCAAACAGACACUUAGACUCAACACACAAAAUCACCAUCCUAUAUUGUACCAGUGCACCAAACUUGCUAACAGAAACUGUGUUCUCCUAGAUUUACAUUUUUUCACAGAUGAAGGAAGAACAAGGCAUUGAUAACCCAAAUCCUAGUAAUGUACUCCCUCCAUCUUUUUAAGUUGUUUCACUUUGACUCUCAUGUUUGCCAAUGCACAAUUUUGAUCAUUAAUAUUUAGAAAGUUGAUAAUAGACACAGAUCCAAUAAUUUAUUAAAAAUGUUAAGAUCUGAUUUUUACAUAUUAGUAAAAAAAAAUUAUGGACAAAGUGAGGUAUGUGAAUAGUGCUAAAAGACACCAUGGAACAACUAAAAAAAUACGAGGGGAGUAAAAUGUAUAAUAAUGGAAAAUAUGCAAUUAGGAACGUGAAUACCCACAAUAUGAGCAGAAUAUAUCUGUGUACCUUGUUGUUACCUGACUACUACCUGAUGGAGAGAUAAGCAUAAUGUACUCCUACAUGGCUAACAGUCUGUAGUCUGUAGAGCCUUUCUUGUGAAGUUGUCCAUUCAAAAUUGUUCCCAAAGGGUUCUAAUCUUUCUCAAAACUUCAGAAAACCCACAAUAGUAGAAGAAGGAAACAAAUUGAAUAAAACCUAAGCCAUAAAUUUAACAAAAAAGGCAUACCAAAUUUUGAAAGGAACACAACCGGAUAGGAAGAAUGAACAUGCAAUGAAGCGGAGCAAGGGAUUUAGGGGGGCUCGUACAUAGUGGCUUUAUUUGUGGCACAACUGUUGGAUUGCCA